GAUUCAGAGCCCAGCCAUGGCCAUGCCCAUGCCCAUGCAUGCAGCAACCAACUCUGGCAUGCCAUCGCCAUCGCCCUCGCUUCUUCUUCCUCCUCCAUCCCCUUCCCCCUCCUGGCUCCACCUCCCAAGGCCGCUCGUCCAAUCCGAGGAGGCCCUCGGGCUCGGCGCGGCGAAUAAUUUAGGAAAUUGAUUAUUAAUAAGGCGAGCGGCGAGCGGCGAUGUCGUCAGCCGCCGUGAUGCCGACGCCGAGCAUGAACUCCUCAUCCGCCGGCGCAGCGGCCGCGGCGGCGGCGGCAGAGGGAGGUGGCGGCGAGGACGAGCGGCGGGCGCGGGCGCUGUCGUCGUCGUCGUCGUCGCUGCGGCAGCGCGCGAUGAGCGCGUCGUCGAAGCUGCUCCGGACGUCGCUGAGCAGGAGCAGCAAGGGGGCGGCGGCGCGGCAGCGGAGCAGCAAGGUGAUGUCGGUGUCGAUCGAGGACGUGCGCGACGCGGAGGAGAUGAAGUCGGUGGACGCGUUCCGGCAGACGCUGGUGCUGGAGGAGCUCCUCCCGGCGCGCCACGACGACUACCACAUGAUGCUCCGCUUCCUCCGCGCCCGCAAGUUCGACAUCGACAAGAGCAAGCAGAUGUGGAGCGACAUGCUGCAAUGGCGCAAGGAGUUCGGAUCUGACACCAUCCUCGACGACUUCCAGUUCGAGGAGAUGGACCAGGUGCUCGAGCACUACCCGCAGGGCCACCAUGGCGUCGACCGCGACGGCCGCCCCGUCUACAUCGAGAAGCUCGGCGCGAUCGACACCGCCAAGCUCCUCCAGGUCACCAGCAUGGACCGCUACGUCAAGUACCAUGUCCGCGAGUUCGAGCGCGCCUUCGCCGUCAAGUUCCCCGCCUGCUCCAUCGCCGCCAAGCGCCAUGUCGACCAGAGCACCACCAUCCUCGACGUCUCCGGCGUUGGGUACAAGAACUUCAACAAGGCCGCCAGGGAUCUCAUCGGCCGCCUCCAGAAGGUCGAUGGUGACAACUACCCAGAGACUCUGUGCCGGAUGUUCAUCAUCAACGCCGGUCAAGGAUUCAGGCUUCUCUGGAACACCGUCAAGUCCUUCCUCGAUCCCAAGACCACAGCCAAGAUCCAUGUCCUAGGCAACAAGUACCAGAGCAAGCUGCUGGAAGUGAUUGAUCCCAGCGAAUUGCCUGAGUUCCUUGGUGGCACUUGCACCUGCGAAGGCGGCUGCAUGCGCUCCGACAAAGGGCCAUGGAAAGAUCCUGAAAUCAUAAAGAUGGUCCAAUGUGGCAUGGGAAGAUGUGGAUUUAAUAGCUCGGGUCAUACUGAGGCUGAUGAGAAGAUGAUCACUGAGGAUGACAUAGUGGCAAUUCCCAAGAAGCAAGAAUCAAUUCGCCGUGAUUCCGUUGAUUCACCCAAGAUCCCACGCGAAAAGAUUGAACAUCCGCAGAUGUCACCACUCCAUGAGAUGUCAACUUCAGAAAGCAAGGCUCCUCCUGGCCAAGAGGGAAGCUCUUCCCGAUACGACGAUCUGUUCCCCAUGCCGGACAAGAACAUGGACUUCAACUGGAACGGCGAAGUCAGCGCCGAGAAGCUCGCACUCGCACGAGACAUGUACGCGUCGCUGCCGGACGCGUACAAGCACGGCGACGCCGGGGACCGGCAGGUGGUGACGGGGUUCAUGGCGUUCGUGAUGGGGGUGGUGGCGAUGUUCCGGGUGGGGAAGAUCGCGCCGAAGCGCGCCAUGGACGCGGCGAUGGGCAUCGCGACGAUGGAGGCGAUGGCCAAGAACCGGAAGCUGAUGCAGCAGCAGCAGCGGCAGCUGGAGCAGCUCCCUGGCCCGGACACGGUGACGGUGUCGACGGCGCAGUACGAAGCGCUGAUCAAGCGGCUCGGCGACCUCGAGGAGAAGGUGGCGGCGCUCACCUCCCGCCCUCCCGAGAUGCCCGCCGACAAGGAGGACUUGCUCAAAGCCGCCGUCACCCGCGUCGAGGCCCUCGAGACCGAGCUCGAAUCCACCAAGAAGCUUUUGGAGACUUCGUCGGGGCAGCAGGAGGAGGUGCUGGCCUACAUCGAGAAGAAGAAGAAGAAGAGGGGGAUGUUUUGCCUUCAACAGCAGAAUCCAUUCCGCUGGUGAUGGACGGGUUUAAAGCAAGAAGCGGUGAUGGAGCUCGGUCGUGCGUCUCGUGUGUUGUUUUGUGUGCGUCGUCGUCGCUGUAUCUGACCCCGUUUGAAAUGCGGAAAAAAUUUUGCUAUUUCUGCGGGAGUUGAGUUGAGUUGUUUCCUCCGGGAUUUCUGUGAAAUUCAUGUUACAUACUUCUUGUGUUUCAAAAGGGGCCUUAUAUGUGUAUAGCAAAAGGAAAAAAAACAAACUUUUUCUUGCUUACUGGACUGAACUGUGUACCCCACUGUUGUGCUGCACGUGCUUUAUCAAACAUAUUACAUGUACAGGCUGUA